AUUAAUAUUUAUUAUUACAAAAAGGCACGCAUGGUAGUUGAAGAAGAAAUCAGUGUAGAAAGCGAAGACUAAAUUGAGGAAGGCAAGUGGUUUGAGGAAUGCUACGAGCGAAAAGAUUUGGAGUAUAAAUAAACAGAGAGCGAUGGAGCCGGUCGUUCCAAGCUGAAGCCUCCACUCACUUGCUCUGCCCACCGGCGCCGGCGCCGUCGCCGCCCUAUCCUGUCCUACCUAUGGGGCACGGCCUGAGCUGCAGCCGCGACACCGACGAGUACGACCUGUUCCGCGCGGCGCAGCUGGGCGACAUCCACGCCCUCUCCGCCCUCCUCGCCGCCGACCCCGCGCUCGCCCGCCGCGCCACAGUCUACGACCGCUUCACCGCUCUUCACAUCGCCGCCGCCAACGGCCGCCUCCAGGUACUGUCCAUGUUGCUGGAUCGCGACGGCGACGUGGACGUCCUGAGCCGCAAGAAGCAGACGCCGCUGAUGGUGGCGGCCAUGCGUGGCAACACCGAGUGCGUGGUCAGGCUCCUCCGCGGCGGCGCCAACGUCCUGACCUUCGACUCGCCGCGCGCCAGGACGUGCCUCCACCACGCCGCCUACUACGGCCACGCCGAGUGCCUGCAGGCCAUCCUCGGCGCCGCGGCGCAGGCGCAGGGCCCCGUGGCCGCCUCCUGGGGUUUCGCGCGCUUCGUCAACGUGAGGGACGAGCGGGGCGCCACGCCGCUGCACCUGGCUGCGAGGCACGCCCGCGCGUCCUGCGUGCGCCUGCUGCUCGACAAGGGCGCCAUCGUGUCGGCGCCAACCGCCGUCUACGGAUUCCCCGGGAGCACGGCUCUGCACCUGGCGGCACGCGCCGGCAGCAUGGAGUGCAUCAGGGAGCUGCUGGCCUGGGGGGCGGACCGGCUCCAGAGGGACUCGGCGGGGCGGAUCGCGUACGCGGUGGCGAUGAGGCGGGGGCACAGGGCGUGCGCGGCGCUGCUGAACCCGGCGGCGGCGGAGCCCAUAGUGUGGCCGUCCCCGCUCAAGUUCAUCGGCGAGCUGGAGGCGGACGCCAAGGCACUUCUGGAGGCGGCGCUGAUGGAGGCCAACAGGGAGAGGGAGAAGAGGAUCCUGCACGGCAGCGACAUCAACAUCAAGGGCGGCGACGAGGAGGAGGAGAGCGAGGAUGAGGAGGAGGCGUGCAACAUCUGCUUCGAGCAGGCGUGCAGCAUGGAGGUGAAGGAGUGCGGGCACCAGAUGUGCGCGGCGUGCACGCUGGCCAUCUGCUGCCACAGCAAGCCCAACCCCAAGACCCUCCUCCUCCACCCGCCCGCCUGCCCCUUCUGCCGCACCACCAUCUCCCGCCUCGUCGUCGCCACCACCAACUCCAACAAGACCAACAGCCGCCGCCGGUCGAGGAGCAGAAGCAGCAGCUUCAAGGGGGGGCUCUCGUCGGCCAUGGGGUCGUUUUCCAGGAUAGGCCGCGGCUCCGGGAGAUUGGUGGUGGACGGCAGCAGCGUAGGAGAGCUCGCCGACAAGCCUGACCACGACUUCUCUUCUGUCGCCGCCGCUGCUGCUAUUUGUGACACAUGACCCUCCCUCUAUUCAUUUUUUGUGCAGUUACACCUUACUAGCACUAGAGCUUUGGGUAAUCAAUCAAUCCUCCCACAAGCUCAAGCUAGGUUAUUCAUUAUAGCAAACAGGAAUUGGAUAUUGGGAUUGGAUUGCAUUUGUAUUGUCUUGUGUUGCAUUCAAUUUGUAGUAUAUACUUGUUUUUGGCUUGUCAUGGUAAAUAAUAUUUACUCCCUAUUUAUUGUACGAUUA